AGCUACAGGCUGCAGGGACGGGCUGGCACCGGCACUGUGUCUCUCCCAGUCACAUCCAGCCGGUCCUGGGAGCUGGCUUGUGUCCCACUGUCCGUGUGUCCGCCCGUCUGUCCCUUUGCAGGUAGCGCUGGACUGUCCCUAUGGCGGAGAAAUUGGAUUCCCGAGAUUCAGAGAGCAGCUGGGUGCUGGCGGGCAGUGAGGGUCUGCCCAUUGACACGGUGGGCCCAGAGCUGGACUCAGCCUCCCACGGUUCUGACGAUGAGGAACCAGAGGAGGAGGAGGAGGAUGAAGGCACCCAGGACACAGUCACAGCUGUGACUGCCAAUGGUGCCACCACCGUCCCCAGGCAGAGCUUGUGCCCUGAGGGCAGCGAGCAGGGGGAGCCAGAGCAAUGUGAGGACUCCAAGGCACGGGCAGAGCCUGCCCUGGAUGGCUCUGCAGAGCCCAGCGUGUUGGAGGGCGAUGAGCAGGAGGAGCUGAAGGCUGAGGCUGAGCCACAAGCCCACCCUGACACCCCCCCAGCAGGGCCAACAACAGAGGACAUGUCCUGCACCAGCAGUGACGACAACAUGGAGGGGCUGCGGUGGCGGCCAGGCCACAAACCCCAUCCUGAGCCUGCCACUGUCACACCUGACCCUCAACGGGGGACACCAGACACUGGUGAUGAUGGGCUCAGUAUGAGCACCUACCUGCUGGGGGCCUUGGCCGUGGUUGUUGUGGGGCUGCUGAUCAUCACUGGUGGUAUCUACGACGUGGCAGAUGGCCCUGUGGAGAGUAUGGGGAGCUGGGACGUGGCUGCUGGGGAGCAGGAGUCACUGCUGUCCAUAGACAGCAAUGACUCCCAGCAGCAGCAGCCCCCUCUGCCCGAUGAUGGGGGCCCUCAGAGCAUGCAGUCCAUGAGCCAGCUCCUGGACAAGCUGGCCAAAGAGAACCAGGAGAUCCGGCUCAUGCAGGCAGAGCUACAGGCCCACAAGGAGGAUCUGCAGGCGCUGCUGCACAAGAGCACAGGGGCCCUGCAGCCGGUGUGGGUGGUGAGCGACACACGGCGCCUCUCAGACGUGGAGUGGUUCCGGGCCGCCUACGGGGAUGUGGUGCAGACCGUGAGGGUGGUGGCUACUGAGGAGACGAGGAAGAGGAGGAACUGGGUGUUUGUCACUGGGGUGGACGACGCCGAAUCUGAGUGCGGCCUGGACCAGGGAGUGGCCUUUGACUGGGUGAUCACCAAUGACGGGGAUGAGGUGGCCCUGGGCGAGCAGCUGGGGGAGCUGGUGCAGUCUGUCCACAGCAGCCUAUAGCUCCGUGUCUCUCCACUGGGGCUUGGGGGCUGCAUCAGCCCCCCAGCCCCUCAUCUCCACCUCCUGCUGUUUCCUGUUCUGGAAUAAAGCUCUGACACUGAGAACCACUGCCA